AUGUGGCUGCCUAUGCUGUGGUAUGCCUGUAGCUUGAUAGCUUCUGCUGCUCACGCAGUGGCACAAGUUAUCAGCCCAGACAAUGCCGCAGCUGAAUCAGUCUCUGCUUCUACAGUGAUUACCUCCUAUGUCCUUUCACCUGUUCUUAUUACCUCUUAUGUUCCCACUUCUGAGAGGUCGGAUGGCUGGGCGGGUUUCUCUCCUAGUCUCACCUUUCCUGCUAGUACCGGUGGGGUCAGCACUUCUCUCUCGAGCUCUAUUGUGUUAAUUCCUUCUGUUUCCAAUUCUCUUGGCCCCAGCUCUUCUGUUGCCGUUUCUCUUGGUCCCAACCUCUUGGUUUCUACUCUUUCUGUAAUGGGCCCUGUGGUUCCCAGCUCUCUUGGUUUUCCGGGUUCGAGCAUUCUUGUGUCCAGCUCUUCUGAGUCCAUCCUUUCUGAGUCCAGUCCCUCUAUUCCAAGAACUAGCACUGUUGCCAUUUCCAUCCCAAGCGCCAGCAUCGUUCCAAGCACCAGCAGCAAUGCCGUCCCGAGUACCGAGGGCUCUUCCAGUUCGAGCACCAAUGCUGUUCCCAGUACUAGUACUGGAGAGAUUUCAAGUGCUAACACCCUGGUCAUUCCUAGCGGAAGCAGCAGUGUUACUCCCAGCAAUAGCCCUGGUGUUAUCUCCAGCACUAGCACCAGCAAUGCUCCCGGUUCAGGCGCCGUCUUUAGUUCCAAUACCAGCACAGCGUUAAUCCCGACGAGCACUCCGUCAGUGACUCUCUCUCCAGUCGAUCCUUCUGUGACUCUUGCGACAGGAAUAUCAACAUCCACUACCUCCGUCCCAGACAGCACGUCUUCCAGUUCUGUCACCAGCACUACCAGGGUGCCCCAGUCUCCUCCAACCGAUGUGCGUACGUCCACAACGCUAGUGGUCACAGUUACUGAGGAACCUCAUAUCACCGUUGCUAACCCCGUUACGAUCACUACGGCUGACGAUGCCGGACCUACCGUUGUCGACUUUCCAAUCACUACAAAUGACAGAUCAAGAGAUCCGCUUAUUACAGCCGCACCGGUUUCUGAGACUACAAUCGCGCCCCCUCUCCCGAGAACAGUACUCGCUUCCAGCAUGUCUGGCAUAUCCGAUGACUUUGCGUCCGUCUUACCGAUCAUCGACGCCUGGGUCGAAAAGCCGAGUCCUUCUCUCCAAACCCAGGCCGUCAAGGGAAUCGAUGGUGUAGAAGAUGAUAUUGAGCACUUCAUCAAAGUCCUAGGUGGGGAGCUGCCUCCCAGCUGCGACUCACUAAGAAAACGAGGUCUUAUUGACGGAGCGCUAAAUAUAGCCAAGGACAUUGCGGGUGCUGCUGGCGACGUCGCUGGCAAACUUUUGAGGCAAUUGGGCUGUAUCGGAAAGAUAACAAGCCACCUCAAGGAUGCAAUUGAGAAGCAAGAUAUCGACGGUGUCAAGAAGAUGAUGCACGAUUUGAUUGCACCCGAGAAUAUAGCAGAUACUCCUGUCCUUGAUCCAACUAGCAAGCCUCCCGGCCCUGAUAACAAUGACGAUGAUAACCACAAUGAGGAUCGCAACGAACACCAUUCUAAUGACGACUUUGGUGAUAAAGACAAUGGGAACAAUGCCGAGGAUGAUAGCGAUGACACUGAUGAUGAGAGUGACGAGGAUAAUGGAAACUCUAGCACGUCAACCUCGCAGACCACCACGACGACAUCUUGUACUUCUGAAGGAACCGUAUACCAUGUCACUGUCCUCUGUGAGCCGACCCCGGUCACUUUUGGUGACUCAACAACCUCAACAACGGCCUGCUAUCCAACGACCACCAUUACGACCAGUGGAUGCUCGGUUACUGCGACUACAACCACUGUCACCAGCACGCCGACUUCGCUUGAACUGUGUAUGCCAGGCACUUGUGGAAGUGCAUGUUCUUAUGGACAUGGAGGGUGGAUGACUCUUUCGACGCUUGACUGCGUCAAGGUCCCAACAGUCGCAGUGUCUGCGUUGCCUACCGAGAGCCAGAUAUCCCAUCGGAGAGUCCCCCCAGUGAUCCCUCCAGCUAUCCACCGUCGUGCGUUCAGCUUUGUAAAACGUGAUGAUGACAAUGACUUCAUAGAUGAAGAUGGUCCCAAUGAUGAUGUUGAGCCAGUUGAUUAUGAUGAUGAUGAACCCAUGGACAAUAAUGACUUUUUCGACGAUGAUGAACCUCUCGCAGAACAGGUGCCCAGCGAUCUACCAGCCAUUGGUGAAAUGCAGCAUGAAGAUUUGUACCGAGUCUACAAAUUCCUCACGGCAAAUGAUAAAUGGACCGUGGUCAUGGAUGACACUGCUGUAAGCGGAGAGUGGUGGCCAUAUGAGCCGUAUGGCGAGAAGCCUGCAAGGAUAGCCAUCGGCAUGCCAGGGCUCUAUGGAUGCACCGCGAUAUUCAUUGUGUCGAAUAAAGGAGUGUACACUGCGCACUUCUGGGAGUGGCCCGUCUUUUGGAGCGACCAGCAGGGAUUACAGGAGACAACCGAUGAACACUUUAAGAAGUACACCGUCGACGCGCUCUUACAGGGCGGAAAUGAGUUUCCUGAUGUACAAAUCACGCUCCCAGACUUGAUGGGAACGGACGAACGUCCUGGGCCUCUUCACCCUUUCAAUCUACCCAAGGUCUAUGUGAUUACACCUUGGUCUGAGGAAGGUUCCGCGCUUGUCCAAUAUCCAGAGCGAACUCAUUGGCUAGGUAGCCAGAUCACUGCGUUCUUAUACCAAAUUUAUGAAGGGGAAGUUCCAGAUGGAGCAAACUACGAAGUUUACGGUUACCUCCGUACCUCUAAAUAUUCGAUCUACAGCGAUGAUGAUCAUAUUGGCAAAGUCCUCCUAGAUGCCUCACCAUAUUACCGAUUUGACGUACCAGACCUCCAACGCUAUCAUAGAGUCGGUCGAUAUCGCCUGUGGGUAAUGGGCGUUUCUGUUAAGGAUGCUUUAUUCUACGCUGAAUGGAACUCUCUUCGUCCCACUAUUGACCAAGUGCAACGACGGGAUGUCCCACUCGAUAACCAUCGAUUAUGCCCGAUUCCCAUACCCUCUCUGACGUCGUCUCCAAUACCUACCCCGGCUCCUACGCAGUUGUGUGAGCCUGGAGAUUGCGGCGAUGUGUGUUCAGCUGGAGGAGGAGCCUGGGUAACUCUCUCGCCAGUUGACUGUGGGAAUAUCCCCACGACUACAGUGACUGCCCUGCCCACCGAGAGCCAAACUUACAACUCUGUGAUCGAUUUGAGCAUUCGCCGACGAGAAUACGAGCUGCUCAGACGUGAGGAUGACAACGUCAAACCUCUUCCAAACACGCAGCAAGAACACCUGAUCGAUAUAUACAGGAGACUGACGAGCGAGACAGCAUGGUUCAAUUUCCCUAGAGUAUCAACGGCUGGGAUGUGGUUCGCGUUCCCCGAAAAGGCAAGUACAGUCCUGGGCAUCAAAGGAUUAUACGGAUGUACCUCGGUGAUCAUCGUCUCGAGUAAGGGCGUGUACAUUUCACACAUCUGGGAGAAGCCCACCUUUAUAAAUCGUGAUGAGGAGGGUCGGAUCUACGAGACUGACGAAGAGUAUUUCAAGAAGUACUCAUUCGACGCUCUCACUCAGGGCGGGGAAGAGUUUGAUAAUGUUGAGCCCAUCUCAAGCUUGGUUGGAACAUUAGCAAAUCCUGGACCUCUACACCCGAAGAAUACACCUCGAGUCUUCGUGGUUACACAUACAACUGAAGAUGGGAAACGCCUGGAGUACGAAUACCGAGUCUCAUUGCUAGCGGAGCUUUUCACUGCGUUCCUUUAUCAAAGCUCUGCAUGGGGAAUUCCACAGGGAGCAGAUGGCCAGACUGUUGGUUAUCAGCCUGGUCCUCGCGAUUUGGCCGAAGGUGACAAUGCACAUUGGGGCAAAGUGAUCCUAGAAGUCUCACCAAUAGAUCAUGUUCUACAAGCAGGGAACCAGCACGUUGCAGUCGGUCGUUAUCGGUUGUGGGUAAGCGGAACGAGGGUUGACGAUACUGAAUUCUGGACGUUUCCCCAUGUUCCUGCUCAAGUUCAACAACGAGAUGUUAGUUACAACGAAGUAUGCCCAAUGAUUACGUCCUCUUCGACUGCGUCCCCGAAUCCAAGCACGUUCAUCACAACUACCAGUGUUAGACCAGUCAAUCCACCAGGACAGCCGCCAGGCUUUACCCUUCCGACUUACGUGCCGCCAAAGCCCACUAAUAAUGCAGAGGGGACACUCUCAGCCAAUAUGGAUCUCGUCAGCGAACGAAUAUGUUUCGAGGAAGACGACUUCGUCCCCGCCAAGCUAGACCAGGCGAAUGUUGAGGACGUUGCUGAGCUAUGCCGUGACGGGCAGGGACCCAUCAACGACAAUACGAUGCUCGGACCCGACGACGAACGUAUUGAAUAUUCAUUAGCAUCUGGGAACUCUCCCCAUGAAGAGCCAUGGUACGUUGUUGAUGUCGAAUGGGUAAAAGGCUGCGAGGGGCCAGCGCAAAACGUCCACCAUCCAAUGGUCGGUCGUAAUUGCCACCAGCUCAUUGUCGACAAUUUCUCAAUGAAAAACUGCAAGACGAAAUACGGCUACGGUGGCUCUAUUGUAAUUGGUUGUUUACGCUAUACCUCCCAGCUGCGUGGUGGUGGAAUCAAAGGUGUCCAAGUAUCACGACCUGAAGACCUGGACUCGUCUGGCUCUUCCUCUUCUACUGAAAGCGGAGCAGCAGAGCCCCUUCCAAGCGCAAAAAGCCUCGUCAAAGAGACUGUCUGUCUGCUUGAUAGCGAUCCCAUUAACAUCAAAAAUGACUCUCUGGUCGACGAGCUUAUCGAAAAGUGCGAGGGAGACGGAAUCAGCAAACAUGACAUGUCUCUCGGGCCAAGUGACAAGAUCGAGUGGAUAGUUGGUGGUCUUCCCAAAUCGACAGAGAUCUACUAUUCCAUCGUCUCCUGGGAAAAGGGUUGCGAGGGCCCGAAUCAAAAUCCGGUAACCCCAAUGGUGGGUCUUACCUGCAAGGAUAUAACAAAGAAGCACUUUGAAUUGGGUUGCAUUAGACCCGGUAAUGUUGGUGUUGGUGGCACAACUGUUGUUGGGUGCUUGCGUUAUCAAUCAUACAUGGGAGGUUACCCUCUGGGGGAACUCCAUGAGGGAGCGAUGCCGGAGGCCUAG